GGAAUAUACUCCCUCCCUCCUCUCUCUCUCUCUUCACCCCCACAAAAAGACGAUAGUAGAAUAAAAAUCGAACAUAGCCGCGGCCUCUGAGGGGAGAAAAAAAGAAAAAAAAAGAAAAAAAGCUCAUAGCUUUUUACCCUAAAACCCUAAAUCAAUGGCCGCUGCUCUUUCCUCUUCAUUUCUCGCCUCUCCAACAUCCACGAAAAUUUCUAGAACCCUGCCCUCUCAGUUCUACAGCCCCCUCCCUCUCCCCUCCUCCGUUCCUCUCUCUUCGUCGCGGUCGAUUUCUAGGAAAAUAUAUAAGGUUAGGGCUGCGAGCUUGAAGGAGAAAGAUGAGGAGGUGAUAGCUGAGGAUUCUUUUCGAGCGAGGACUCCUCUUGAUAAUGAGAGGAAAGAGGUGGACGCUGAGCAAUCGGAGCCGGGGGCGGUGGAGAGAUGGGUCAUUAAGUUUGAGCAGUCUGUUAAUGUUCUUCUCAUUGACUCAGUUAUAAAGAUACUGGAUGCAUUUUACCGUGAUCGUCAUUAUGCAAGAUUUUUUGUGCUAGAAACAAUAGCUAGGGUACCAUAUUUUUCCUUCAUAUCUGUUCUGCACAUGUAUGAAAGUUUUGGUUGGUGGAGAAGAGCUGAUUAUCUGAAAGUGCAUUUUGCUGAGAGUUGGAAUGAAUUACAUCAUCUACUUAUCAUGGAGGAACUGGGAGGUAACUCUCUCUGGUUUGACCGCUUUCUUGCUCAGCACAUUGCAAUAUUCUAUUACUUCAUGAUAGUCUUCAUGUAUGCAUUGAGCCCGAGAAUGGCAUAUCAUUUUUCAGAAUGUGUGGAGAAGCAUGCAUACUCGACAUAUGAUAAAUUCUUAAAGCUUCGAGGAGAUGAAUUGAAAAAAUUACCGGCUCCAGAGAUUGCCGUGAAAUAUUACAUGAAUGAAGACUUGUACUUGUUUGAUGAAUUCCAAACAGCCAGAACUCCAAACACCAGGAGGCCAAAGAUAGAGAACUUGUAUGAUGUGUUUGUAAACAUAAGAGACGAUGAGUUGGAGCAUUGCAAGACAAUGAAGGCCUGCCAAACUCAUGGGAAUCUGCGUUCACCACAUUCCAGCCUUCAAGAAGAUGAUGAUUCGGGCUGUUCAGUGUCUGAAAUUGAUUGCGAGGGCUUUGUAGAUUGUGUUAAAAAAUCCUUGACUUCUCGUGGAUAAAUUAAUGUUUCUGAGUAAACAUGUCAAAAUAUACAACACAAUAAAUUGUAAUAGUAUAGAAUCACAUCCCUUGUUGCCUUUUUCUGGUUUUGUUUUCACCACAUACCAGGGCAUCAGUGAUGUAAAUGUGUAAGUAUAGAAUAUAUUAUGUUGAAAAGAAUUAUAAGUUUCAAAAGAAUUAUAAGUUUAUUUCAGUCCCCUCUGGGGAGCAAAGUUUC